AUGUUUAUUCUCUAUAAAAUAAAUAGUUAUAUUUAUACUGGAGAAUUUUCAGAUAACAAUAAUGUUGACCUUCUCGAUAUUUUUAUUGCAGCUGAUGAGAUUCAAUUAAAUGAAGUUAAACAAAAGGUUGAAAAGCGCUUGCUUGAAACUGAAUCAGCUUGGAAAUUUCCCCGAGACUUUAUUACAAUAUAUGGUCUUAUUGAAAAAGGGUUUCAAGCUUUAUCUGAUCCUAAGCCUAAAUCUAAUUUACCAAAAAGAGAAUUAGCUUAUUCUUUUGAUUCUAAUAUCAUCGAGGCUAAAGACGCUGCAUUAAUAGCAAGUUGGAUUGAUAAGAAACAAGGAAUGCCUUAUCGUUUUAAUGACAUGCCUUUCGAAUUUAAACUUAUUUAUCGAGCUAGCCGUGAAAAUUUUAGUGUUGAUACGUUUCAUAAGAACUGUGAUUAUGUGGGACCAACUGUUGUUAUUAUUAAAGUCCGAAAUUCAAAUGAAAUAAUUGGUGGAUAUAAUCCGUUAGAUUGGAGUGAAAAUGAUGAUUAUUAUAAUCAUGAGUUCAAACCAACAUCAAAAAGUUUUGUAUUUUCACUUUUUUCAUUAUCUAAUGGUGCAAUUCCCAGAGUAAGCUGUGUUUCUUCUCAAAAAGAAGCAAUCACCUGGUGUACGAGUAGAGGACCAUGUUUUGGUUUCAAAGAUUUAUGGAUAGAAGAAAAUACUUAUAAUUCACAAAGAUCUGUCGUUGGUACAAGUAAAAAACACUCUUAUGAAAAAGGAAUCAUUGACAAAGAAACAUUUGGAAUAGAAGAAUAUGAA